AUGAAAAAAGUUAAGCUGAAAAUAAAUAUAGAUAAAGCUGCAGAAGCAUGCGAGUCUGCUGAUAUUAGAGACUGUCUUGAUGCAAACAUUGCAGAUAGCAUUAAGCUAAGCUAUUUUGCCGUACUAAAGUGCAUACUUGACAAUAUCGAAAUAGAAAGCAGCGCGUAUACGGAUGAAGAAAAAGAAAAGAUUCUGGGCAUAGUUAAGAAUGGGAUCUAUCAGUACUUUAUAUACUAUGGGUAUGGAUUGGCAGAUAUAAGCCAUUUACACGACUGUCUGUUGGAUACAGAGGAUAACCCAACUAAGCCAAAUGUUCUCUCUUUGGUCAGCAAAGCCAUGGACGCAAAUCCAUUUAUAUAUGACCCAAAGCACGGAAUCUAUAGAAACAGUAGGAUAAAUGAGAAUACUAAUGAAGAGCUGAGCACCAGAACAUAUACGCUGAAGAUCAAAGAUAGAAGCCCUCCUGUGAACUUAGAAGGCCUACUCAAGCUCACCUCAGAGAGCCUCGAUAGAGACAUCUUCUGCUAUGUAUCCAAUUCAGUAAAGUCAAUGGACAUGAGCAUUCUAAAAAAGUACUCGCCCACAGAGAAAUACUACAGUCUCGAUGACUUAUACAAAAAAAAGUACAAGAGCAGCGAAGUUUCUUUGGUAGACCACGGGCUGAAGUUUAUUCACGAGAACUAUUACAAAAUUGCCAAGCUAAUUAGGCUAUGCAAAGAAAUAGAAGUCAUUUCUAACAGGCCAGGGGUUGAAAUAGAGAAAGAAAUCAGCGAGCUGUUUGGUCUUGAGGACUUAAAAAUAGUUGUCUCUAUUGGCAACAACAUAAAAGAAAUCAACUAUGAAAAAAGAAUACACAACCACAUGAUUAAAGCUAUAGAAUACAUGGCAGACCACACAAACCACUUGAAAAGAACGAGUGGAUCUAACACUCUGAAGAUAAAAAGAGAUCUGAGUGAUUUUUGCCAAAAGUAUGUAGAUAAUAUGAUGCUGAAAAGGAAAGUGCUUAAAAAGAGAGACAAGCUAGGCAGUGCAUUCGACAGGAAGGCCAGAGCGCUCGGUAAGGCGCAUGACGAAUACAACAGAAAAUCUUUGUACAUACGAGAAUAUUUAAAAAGACUGGAGUGCUAUAAGAAUAUUGUAAAUCUGUCUGAGAAACGCGAAAUUAAAAAGCUACAAAACCACAAAAACUCAAUAGAAUGGCAGCUAGAGAGAGAAAGCUUGCAGUCCGAUAGCAUCCGCGAGCUUCAAAAUAGCCUCCAGUUUUUGCCCAAAACAAGCCCAGUCCAGCAAGAAUACAUGUUCAAAAAAAUAAAAGAGCUUGGAAAAGAACGGAGCAUAGAAGUGAUAGAAGA